AUGGAGUUCGCUCUCUACGUCUUCCUCAUUAUUGUCGGCUGUGUCGUCUUCAUUCUCAUCGGAUUCGGUGUAUGGACCAUGUACCAUGGCAUCGAAGACAACUCACUCCCCGACAUGUCGCGAGAACAGAAGACUUACAUGCGUCAAUUACGGCAGCGCAACCUCAAUACAAUGGCUGUCCAGGCACGGAGGCCUGAUAUGAUUAUACCAAUUGAUGAGGUAUAG